AUGGCCUCCUUUGCUAGAACGGGACGCAAAAUCGUGGCAAUAGGAAGAAACUAUGCGAAACACGCAAAAGAAUUAGGGAACGCGGUCCCUGAAAAACCUUUCUUUUUCCUAAAGCCAACGAGUAGUUACGUGUUCAGUGGUGGAAAUGUUGAGAUUCCCCAGGGAGUUUUGGUGCAUCAUGAGG